UUUUUUUGCGGCUUCACUAGUAAAAUUGAGGGGCUUAGUCUGAACUAGCUUCGUGGGCUAGAGUAACUACCUUGGCGGAUUUUCAUCUCCUCCAACUUUACCUUCAAUUGAAUAAUCUGACACAAUUACAACUAAACUCAAAGUAGUAGUUUUCUUGAACAAUUCCCUUAAUUGUACAGAAGAUUAACUUCUUGAAACCAUUUCAGUUUCUUACCAUUUGAUAUUGUAUUGUAUUUAUACUUUAAGAAGUUAUCUAGGCAAUAAUAUUCUUACAGAUAAACUCUUGGCAUACCAAUUGUGUGGAACUUGUUGGUUUUAAGUCUGUCUAAUCUAUUUCCUGGAUACUGAAUUAUGUUACUUAACCAGCUGCAAUGUCGUAUGGAGAUCUCCAAGAGGUUGAAGAGGAUACCAGAAAGAAGAAUAGCUAGAUUGGAACGCCAUCAAUGUACUCGGGAGUCUGCGAUCCUAACAAGGGGAGCAGUUCAUUGACAAGAUAGAAAUGCUAAGGAAGUUUGAGAAAGACAGUAUGCAAAGGCAGCAAGGAGUGGUGUAAAUUAAAGCCAUGCAUGCAUGAGACACAAGAAAAAGAACCGCGAGAAAACAAGGCGAGAGAUAAGAACGUGAACGUCAAUAGAGGGAAAAAAAAGAAUAAGAAGAGAGAUCGAGCACGAUAGAAGCUUGAGAUGGAGAGGGAGAGAGCUGCUGCUGAAGCUCGAGAACAGGCUGCUGUUCAAGUUGAAGCUCGUAAAAGAGCUGCAGCAGAAGCUAGAGAAAGAGCAGAAAAGGUAGCUUCAGAAGAACGUGAAAAAGCUUCAGCUGGAAAGGCUAAGGCUGAGGCUGAGGUAAGACGUAGAGCAGAACGAGUUGCAGUAGAAAGAGCUGCCGUAGAAGCUGGAGAACGACAAAGGGCAGUAGCAGUAGCUAGAGAGAGAGCUGCUGCUCAAGCUCGAGAACGGGCUGCUAUUCAAGUGGAAGCCCAAAAAAGAGCUGCAGAAGCUAGAGAAAGAGCAGAAAAGGUAGCAUGGGAAAAAGCACGUGAAAAAGCUGAGGUAAGACAUCGAGCAGAACAAGCUGCCGCGGAGGCUCGAGCAAGGCCAACCCAAUAACUUUUGUGUGGAUCUAAUAUUUAUAUAAAGAAAUAUAUGUAUUGUUGGUCUAGUUGAGUAGAGAGACCUGUAAAAGUUUUAUUGACCUCUUCAUUGUAGGUUGUGUUAGGAAAUAAGAUUUUUCUAGAAAGAUAUUUUUGUAGUCGACAAGUGUUUUAGUUAAAAUGAGUGGUUGUUAGUUAGCCACAUAUGCAUUUAGUAUUGUGUGAGAUAUUUUGCAUAUUUUGUGGUUUGUAAUCCCCCACUAUAUAUAUAUAUAUAUAUAUAUAUAUUCAAUAAGUUUCA